AUGCAAGAUGCAAGUCUCCCCCAUGUUGCACUUGCAAACGACCUCCUCGAGCAUGGGGACGCGCUACGUCUUCCUGACUUCCCUCAAGGAAAUUAUGAAACCUUCAAGCCACCGAAAGCAUGGGGACACCGUGAUGUGCCUGUAACCGAUCCUGCCGACAUACCCAAAGGAUGGACUUCAUGUGACCUAGAUAUUGCUGAGGAUGAUGUCGACGGCAUGAUUGAAAGAUGUCACUGGCGCAUUAAUGAGGGAAUCAUGCCCGACAUUUGGGAAAGGAAACUGAAAAUGUACCAAAAUAUGAAGCAGAGACAGACAGAAAUGAUCAACUCCGAGCCUGCAGGUGUUAGCUGGGAAGUCAUUCAGCGCCUUGAUUCUCUGGAGAGAAUCAAAAAGGACUUUGAUGAGUUUGGAAAUGACAAUGGGAAUACCCCCAACGUGAUAGCCAUCAUGGCUGCCUACCGUUCUGGGGAUCUUGUCUGGAGUGAUGAUCCUGGUUCAGUAACUUACUGGGCACACGGGAAAAUGGUUGCUGGUCCCAAGAAGAUGGACAUGGAGGAAUUCCUCGAUAUUAGUCGGGAGCGUGGCCCACAUGGUAUUUGGGUGGAAGGGGUUACGGUAUCGAUCCGGAAUCCUAACACUUGGAGCAAAAACACAUCGGAACCUACUGUACAAAUCCCUGUUUUGGAGGAUACUGGUGCUGCAGCAAUGAAGAUUUGCCUAUCCGAUCAAGAAUAUCUUGAAAGACUGAGUGGCGCCCCCCUGCCUGUCACUAGUACAACAGACAUGAGCACAGCGGCUGGUCUCAUGCGGGUGAAUAAUGUGGUAUUGCAAGUCAAUAUCUUCAACAAUGAUGAGCCCAUGCUUCCCCGGUGGAUUAAUGUUCGAGCCUGUGUUGGCCGUGACCCCCCUGAUGCUCCAUCCACUCGACUGUCUGGUGUCUGGCUUCACCAUAUGUUAUAUUGUUUGAGUAUGCCUAAUAACACCAAUACUAUGUACAUGGGAACUGAUCUCCAAGAACUUUUGGCAAAUGUACCCCUUUGCAAUCCAGCAUACGCAAUACCACCACCCGUUGAUCCUAUGAUUUGA